UGCUGUAAGGACCCUUAACACAGCACGUGGUCACCCUGAAAGUCAGUAACAGUCUCUCCCUUCCUGGCCCGUCCGGACAGUGAGCGCCUUCCCCCUGGCCUUUUAUCAGUCCUGGGCGUAGCUGUGCUGUCAGAUAAAUGCGGUGCGGCUGACUCCGCGGGCUUCUCUUCUGUCCUGUGCCCGAUGAGCUCUGCACUGAUCUUGGCCCUCUGUCCCCGCUGUAGCCCUGGGCUUCCCGGGGUUUAACUCUGGAGUCCACCCAGGAGCCCGUCCAUCCCGGCCACAGUUAUCCGGCCCUCAGGGGGUGACUUUUGCCUUGAAGCUCUCAGGGAGUCGGCACUGUCACUGCCUCUGCCAGCUCUGGCCCUGGCAGCUCAGCGGAGGACGCUGUCACUGCAGCCACAGCAGCGGGAGCCGUAGCUCUCUGUCAUCUGCGGCUGCCGUCACUUCAGAGGGUUUGACUCGGUCCUUACAGACGCGUUCCUAGCACCAACCCCGUGUUCCCUGACUGACAGCAUUGUUGGCUGCCAAGUUCAGGUUGCAUGAAGUAGAUGUCAUUCCUGAACCUGCCACCCCGCGCCGCCCCAGGCGGUGCACCCUGGCUCUCUGGCUGCGCAGUGAGGAAUUUCUGAAGCAGCGGGUGACGGAGCAGGGCUCCCGGGAGCCCCCGUCAGCCAGUGUACAGACACGGCAUGGAUGUCCUUCAGAAAUACUCUUGGAAAGCAGGCACGAAGGCACCCACCUCCAUCCCAGCACUUGGGAGGCUGAGGCAGGAGGAUCCCAGCCUGCGCUACAGAAUGACUGCAGGGCCAGCCAGACUGCAUAAGGAGACCUUGUCUCAAAAAACCGAAAGCAAUCAGCAACAAACACGUGGGGUGCCUAUCGCCCACUCUUCCGUUAGAUUGAGGCCCUGCCGGUGAGGCCUGGUAACCCCCGCUCUGUCGAUGCAGGAAGUUCGUCUGCCUGAACGACAACAUUGACCACAACCACAAGGACGCGCAGACCGUGAAGGCCGUGCUGCGGGACUUCUACGAGUCCAUGUUCCCCCUGCCGUCGCAGUUCGAGCUGCCCCGGGAGUACCGCAACCGCUUCCUGCACGUGCGCGAGCUGCGCGAGUGGAGAGCUUACCGAGACAAACUAAAGUUCUGGACCCACUGCGUCCUGGCCACGCUGAUCAUCUUCACCGUCUUCUCGUUUUUUGCCGAGCAGUUAAUUGCCCUUAAGCGGAAGGUAUUUCCCAGGAGGCGGACACACAAGGAAGCCAGCCCCGAUCGCAUCAAGGUCUAGCAGAUCUUGGUUUGGAAGCUCCAAAGCCACCUACCUCAGCGUCACCGAGAGGGAGGACCGAGUGCUGGGCUGCUGCCUGGGACCCCUGCACACUCCGCGCCACCAUGACGGUGGCUCCGAGCCCGCCUCGCUGAAAAGCAUCCGCUCGUGGCCCACCCGGCCUUUUUAUAAAGCUGCUGCCGAUUUCCCUGGGUGACCGUGGCAAACUGAGAACAGAGGCCUGGCUGGGGGUCUCGAAGCCUGAAGCCUGGUCCCUGCCUCUGCGGGGUUGACUCCCCACGUCCGUGCGUCUGUCCGUUGUCACGAGUCACCGUCGCUGUCACGUUCCUGCUUCUGAGAGUAGCAAAUCUGAUUACUGAAAUGACAGGGUACUGUCGCCUUUGACUGACAAGACAGAAGUCCCCAGAUGAGUGAGGAAGACCCCAGUCCACUUCUGCCUGCUGACCAGCCCAUGGCCAGCUGGGAACCUCGUCGCCGUUCUUCAGUCCCCAGAGGACGCACUGCGCUUUCCCACAGGCCUGAUGACCAAGGGCUGCCGUGUUAGCGCUGCCUCUUAGAGAUGUCGUUAUGUUUUGGAAACGCACAUAGACAAAAGUGUCUCCUUCCAGACGGGCAGUGCUGACCAAGGGCUGGCGCCCGGGGUCAGGUUUACCACCACCACCACCCCCCACCCAUAUUCCAGCCACAGCUGCUUUUGUGUACAGCAUGAGUCAGUCAACAAACCUGUUCUGUAAAAGGCCAGCUGGCACGUAAUCACAGGACACCUGUGUCCGUCACACAUUCUAGGUGUUUGCAGUCUGCCUUCUGAGCUGUUCUUUAAUACUUCAAGGCCCGUGCACAGCUGGACCUGACCCGCAGGCCCUGUCCGGGUAAACCCUGAGGCACAGUGAUGUCUCCUAAUAUCAUCUAUGGUGGAUUUGUGGCCACCCAAUUCUACAAACCCUUUCUGAAUUGAGACAGGUAUUUUAAAUCAUGGUCUUAACAGUAUUCUUCCAUAGUGGCGCACAUAUUUGUAAAAAGAACUUGAAAUGUAAAUACUGUUUGUGCCGUUUUCCAAAAUGGAAGUCUCGUAAACAGUUGUACGACUCUUUGACCGUAAAUCUUGAGGCCUCCCUGUGCGCUAGCCCAGGACUCACUGGCCCGGCCAUGUGGUGACUUGGGUGUUGCCUAAGCACUAUGGAGGUUAAACAGAGAUUGGUGUCAGGCUGUACCGGAGCGUCCUGCCCAGGUGAAAUGGGUUCUGGAUAAAAUUCAUCAUGCGGGAAAAUUCAGGGAGUUAUCAGGAUAUCACUGUAAUAGCAAAGAAUUUAUUCUAGAAAGGUUAUACAGAAAUAAAGAUUUCUGCGUCACAGAGAUUUCUCUAGUGACAUAAACCCAGUCCACACCCCACGAAGAACUGGGAAAUGGGUGGGAUCAUAGAGUCAUAGGAUAUCCAUGGGAUCGUGCAUCUUGUCAUUCGGGAGGGUCAUUGGGACGGGUACCCUGGAAGUUGAUGAGUCGGUGGCCUUAUGAAUUUUGUUGUUUGUUGAGAUAGGCUCUUACUAUGCAGUUCAGGCUGUCUUCCAGCUCGCAGGAAUCCUCCUGCCUCAGCCUCCCAAGUGCUGGGAUGACGGGCGUGUUCAGCCUCAUCUCCAGGCCUUGGGAAGUUGUGAAGCUGGAGACCAUUCAUGCAGACGUAGCCCUGGGGAGUCCAGUGUGUACCUAAGUCCAUUUGGCUCCUGUGACAGACACGGGGGACUGAGUGAUUUGUGAAGAACAGAAAUUUAUGCCCACACAGUCCUGAAGGCUGACAAGUCCAAGGUCAGAGCACCGCCAGGCUCCGCUGUCUGGUGGUGGAUGACGCUCUGCUUGCAGGGUGGCACCUGGAACCCUGCCUCCCACUGGGGUGCCAUCCUGUCCUCACAGGGCUCAGGGGCCAGGCACCCCGGGUCAAGCCCUUUAUAAGGGCCCCAUCCCACUGGGGCUCUGUCCUGUGAGCCGUCACAGGUGCCCCGUCUCAGCACCUUUCCGCCACUGCUGAGGUCUGGGCAGGAAUUUUGAAGAGAAUGAGACAAAACGCAGCACUGCACGAUUCAAAAGAAGGGAAACUUCUCAGACAGCUGGACCUGAAGCGCGGAGCCCCAGGCCCGGCAGACGGGUUUUGAGGAUGUGCACUUGUACCAAUCCAUGCUUUUCGUUGUUUUUUGUUUUUUUAGGUAAGAUUUCUGUGUAUCCCGGGCUGACCUUGACUUCACGGUGCUCCUCCUGCCUCAGCCUCCCCAGUGCUAGGAUUACAGGCCUGUACGCCACCAUGCCGGCUCAAAGCUGGGAGGUGUGGGGGAGGGAAUGCCACACCCCGACUUGCUGUGGGUCUCACAGCCGUAAGGGUUGGAGGGGGCCUGGAACCCAGAUCCUCUCCUGUCCCCCUGGCUCGUGUGGUCCCCACAUGGCAGUGGCACCCACGCCUGUCACUCCACGUGUGCUUGGAUGCCUGCCCAAGGCCUUCUGAAACAGAGGCCUACUCCGAAACCACCCACGGAGUCUUCAGUGUACCCUCACCCCUAGCCAGCCGCCCUGCCCCCUGCUGCAGGCUGGCCUUGGGCCACACUUGGAGAAGCUGGUAUUUGAAGCCAUGUGUAUAAGUGAGAAGGUUUCACAAGGAAAGAAAACUAACUUGAGAAAGGAGAAAAACCAAGUUCUAGGAACCACAGAGAUGUAAGUCUCCUGUUUUGUUUGAAGCUGAGGCAGGAGAAUCACUGCAGGUUCCGGGGCAGCCUGGGUUACAUAGGGUGGUAUCUUGUCUCAAAUAAAUAAACAAAUGCCCACCUCAAGAAAGGGGAAAGGUGGGAAAGAAAGAAUCUAGUGGUCCAAAAUUAAAGGUAGAAAAAUAAUAAAAGGAGUCUUAAGGACCAAAGGUAGAAUAGAGCAAAAAUAAAAGCAGUAAAGGUCAGAAAGUUUAUUAGGUAAUGCAGACAGGACUCCUGGGCGGGCACCCAGCAUCAUCACUACACACAGCCAGUCACAAAAGCGCCUUAUUUUGGGGAGGCACCAGAGAUUGAACCCACAACCUUGUGCUUGCCAGGCAGGUGCUUGUGUCCUUGAGCUAAAUCUCUGACCCCAAAAGUGCUAUUUUUGGCCAGAAGGAAACUUGGUCUCUCAGGUCUUCACUUGAAUCUGGUGCUGUUUGCAGGACCAAUCAGAAGAUGUUCUUUUUGACCCUUCAUUUGCAUAUGGGCACAGUGAAUCAAGAUAUUCUGUUUCUGAUCCUUCAGUAACAUGAACAAAUCUAAAGAGGUCUUUUGAUUGGGCAGUUUAUACAUGGCAUGACACCGGGUCAGUGUCUGAUAGGGUGCUGCUCCAGUGCCUUACUUGCAUGAGAGGGAGAUACUUCCGUAACUGUGGCUACUACAGAAGGCCCCUUCCUCCUAUCCUCUGGCCUCUGCGUCUGUUCACUGGAAGUUCUCGUUCUGCUGUUUUUCUGUUGUUGGUAAAUGUACACCAUUUAGACAUGUUGUGGCACACGAAACACUCGGGAGGCUGAGGCAGGAGGAUCACCAUGAGUUCAAACCCAACCUGGGCUAUAUAGAGAGUUCUAGGCCAGCCUGGACUACAUUGCGAGAAUCUUCCUAAAAAAAACCAAAUCUUGAGGAGAGUCUCCACCAAGAACCAGGAGAUGAGACCAGACAUUAGACUCCACCCUUCCUGGUUCUAGCUGGGAAAGGUUGGCAGGCAGGAUCUGGAGAGAAAGAGCAGUGUCCCUUGGAGAAACGAGAAGGAAGGGGCCGUGGAGGUGAACGCCUGCGAUCCCUGUACUUUGGAGGCAGAGGCAGGAGGGCAGCCGCCAGUUAAAGGCCAGGCUGGGCUACAGAGGGAGGCGGGGCCUGCAGAACAAACAGCUGAAGUGAGCAAAUUGAUAAGCAAGUGAAAGGACACACCUCCCUCCGCCCACUCAGUGCACACAUGCACAGGCACGGGUAAAACACCACUAAUAAUAAGGAAAUUUUAAUAAAGGAGAUUACUGCAUUACUUAGUUGAUUUUUGACACAAAUUUCCAAAACUAAAUGAAAUCGAACAUUUCUUUAAAAAAGUUGCUGAUACUGUAACUGACCCACAUAAAGGCAAAAAGUCUAAAAUGACCAACUUCUACAGAAGAAACCAAGGAAACCUCCAGCUGCUCUCCAGGCUGUGUGAUGUCCGCAGGCCAUCUUUUUUUAUUUUUCUGUUUCUUCUCAGCAGUUGAGAUCUCAGCUCUAUCUUUAUAGUCCACAGCUUUCUGCCCAAACUCACAUUUUAAAUCACACUGUUAGGUUCUUUGGUCUUUAUUUGCAACAUGAAUCUGUCUAAAAGCCCCAACUAUAGCCAUGCCACUGCCUCAACAUUCGACUACCUUGAAAUUUCUUUUGCCAGAUUAAUCAAUCGCCCUUAACCUUAGUCUCAGGCAAAGUCUCUGGACAGAAGCAAAAUGCCAAGCCGUGAUAUACAUCAACUGGAGUCCAACAACCAAUGCAGUCCUUCCCCCUGGCAGAAACCUCUCGAGCCUGGUCUUUACUGGUCUUCUGGUUCUGACCAGAAUCUCCCAUACAGAACAGCCUAAGUAGAGUGUUCCAGGGCUGCUCUUUCAGGGGACACCUCCAAACCUUUCCAAACUCUUCCCCCAAGUCAGUCCCAAAGGCUCUUGAACCACAUGGUCAGGUACAGUCACAGCAAUGCUCCCACUCCUGGUACCAAAUUCUGUAUUGAUUGCUCUUCUCUUUGCUGAGAUAAAAUACCUAAUGCCCAAAAUUAGGGAAGUAAAGGUUUAUUUAGCUUAUAGUUCUUGGGGGUUUCAGUCCAUACACAGCUGGCCACAUGGCUGGGUGGGGUAGCUAAAGGGCAAUCAUUCAUGGUAGCCACAAAGCUCCGCCUCUGGGCGGGGCCAGCACUCACCACCAAUCCCAGGACUAGACAAUGGCCAAUCACAAACGCUAGACUGCCUGAGGCUUUGGGGGGACUGUCUCAGUAUCAAUUUCCAUAAUCUCUCAAUGUCUCUCAGGGUUGCCUCCCAUCUCUGUCACAGGAAACACACACAGGGCCAGGUCUGGAGCAAGGGGGCUGGACGCUGGAUGCCUGAGGAGACAUGGGGGACGCUGGUGAGACCUGGUCCCAAUCAGCUGUGUUCACGGGCACACAGGUAGCAGGACCCUGUCAGAGCUGGCCUGGCACCACGCCUCGCGCCUGCGCAGCCCCCGCUGCCCAUAACCCCGGAAUGACCCUGGGACCUUCCCAAGGGGGCGGAGCCUUCCCACCCCACCCUCAGGGUCCAGCCAAUCAGCACGCAGCACCCAGCCAAUCAGCGCCACUCCUGCCUGAGGCGCGCGGGCUCUUUUCCCGCGCUGACAGCGAGUCUUCUCAGAGGCCUCGACGGCAGCCGGGGUGCGGGUGAGGCGGGCGGGAGCCGGCUCAGUCGUCAGUCGGUCAGCGUGUCGUCAGCGUCUCAGCGUCGCCUCUGGGGGCUCGGGGUGCGGAGCGGAGCGGAGCGGAGCGAUGGUGCCCAGCGGGAAGAAGCAGCCCGGCCGGGCGGGCAAGGCGGCCAAGGCGGCCGAGGAGCAGCCCGCCAGCGCCUACGCCGCCGAGAAGGACGAGCGCGAGCUGAGCGGCUCCGAGGACGAGGACGACGACGAGGACCGGGCGGCGCCCGCAGGAAAGGUCCCGGCCAUGGACAAGCGCGGGAAGAAGCGGUCCUCGGCGGAGCUCCUGGAGGACAUGGGCGGUGAAGUGCAGAAUAUGCUGGAAAAAUUCGGAGCUGACAUUAACAAGGCUCUCCUUGCCAAGAGAAAAAGACUAGAAAUGUAUACCAAGGCUUCCUUCAAAUCCAGUAGCCAGAAAAUUGAACAUGUUUGGAAAACUCAACAAGAACAAAGGCAGAAACUUAACCAAGAGUACUCGGAGCAGUUCCUGGCUGUGUUUCAGCAGUGGGACACCGACCUGAAGAAGGCAGAGGAACAGGAGGAGAAGCUGGUGAGUAUAAUGCGACAACAACAAAAGGUUUUCCAACAAUCUAGAAUUGUUCAGAACCAGAGACUGAAAACAGUUAGACAGCUAUACGAGCAGUACAUAAAGAGUUUGGAGGACUUGGAAAAGAAUCACGACAGUCUCCUUAGUGGCACACAGAAUGAACUUAAGAAAGAAAUGGCUAUGUUGCAAAAGAAGAUUAUGAUGGAAACUGUAAGUCUGUCUACUUCAGAUUUAAAUCAUUAG